AUGCAAGGCUCUGCUCAAGCCAACGACCAGCUAAUCAUCUCCGAUGACCCUUACCAUCCCGCCAACCACAUCUGCACCCUCUGCCGCAGCUUCUACAACCUGGGUUGGGUCACCGGCACCGGAGGCGGCACAUCGAUCCGCAAGGGUCCGCACAUCUUCAUUGCGCCGUCUGGGGUGCAGAAAGAAUUGAUGCAGCCGGAGAAUAUCUUCGUCCUGGACUAUGCUACGACAUCGUACCUGCGGAAACCUCCGGUGCUGAAGCCGUCUGCGUGUACGCCGCUGUUCAUGGCUGCGUUUGACAUGGGCGCGGGAUGUUGUAUCCAUACACACUCACAGUGGGCAGUCCUGGUGACUCUCCUCGUGGAGCGGGAUGCGGCUCAGAAGGGCGAGAAGCUCGAAGACACAUGCUUCGAGAUCGAGAAGAUCGAACAGAUCAAAGGUAUCCCGCAAGGAAGACGUAAACAGGGGAUGCUUGGUUUCUUCGACAAGCUCAGAGUGCCAAUCAUUGAGAACACUGCGCACGAGGAGGACUUGACUUCGAGUCUGGAAGCGGCGAUGGAUAGGUACCCUGAUACGUACGCGGUCCUGGUGAGGAGGCACGGCGUUUAUGUUUGGGGUGACGACGUGCAGAAGGCUAAGACGCAGGCGGAGAGCUUGGACUAUCUCUUCAGGUUGGCAGUAGAGAUGAGGACGCUUGGACUGCCGUGGACGACAAGUUGA